AUGGAUACUGAUCGCAAGUUGGCAGAUAUUCGUGCCGAAUAUUCUGAACAGAUGGAUAUGAGACGUCGAGAAUUGGAGCGGCAAAGAAUGCAAUUGGAAGAACAGUUUGCAGAAAAGGAUCGAGUUCUCCGCCAUAAGAUCGAGCUGCAGUUGUUGGAAAAAGAAAGCGCCCUCGAGAUCACGAGGAAAUCUCUUGAAACUCGUCUCGCUGAGCUGGCCAUGAACAAGGAGCAUCUAGAUCGAGCUAAGGCCGAAUUCCAGGUAAAGUUCGCAUCCGAUGUUGAGAUUUUAAACCAAGAGUGGGCAAAACUCAGCGGCAAGCAAGAAGAGCUGCGAUCAUUUUAUCGACAGGAAUUUGAAGCAGAACAGCAGGAACUCUUGGAGAAAUCAGAAGAGCUGGAAAAAGUGAAUGCUCUUCUCAAGAAAAAGCUCAGCGAUAGCAGUGCAGAAAUUUAUCAGAUGCGCUCACAGCUAACAAGGAUGUCAAGUUUAGAGGAAGAUCUGAAAAUCGUGAACGAGAGGCUCCACAAGGAAGUCGAGGAGAGGCACCGUUUGUCGCGAUGCUCCUAUGAGGUGGAUCGGCUCCGCGAUGAAAAUGCCUACUUGAAAGAGGAGCUGGAACAACUGAAAUCUUACGCUCGUGAAUCAAAAACGAAAACAGGAAUGGAUGCAUCCAAAGAGCAGGCUUUCGCAGUGAAAAUAAAUGAAUUGCGGAAUAUAAUUCGUGUAAUGAGUGACAAGAUCGCUUCACUGACUUCUGAACGUGACUAUCUGCGGCAAUUGUUACGGGACACUCGUAAGGAGAUUACCGGUGAUACCGCAGUGAAAUUGCGAAGUGCAUUAAUUGCUGGCGAAUCGAAGGAUUUCAGAGUACGGCAUCAACUGCGCGAUACGGACAGUAGUGAAGAAAACUCUGUGUCAUCAAGUUCUGUGAGCUCAUCAGGCCUGCGGAAUAUCAAGAAAAGAUUCAGUACAUUGGAAGAUUUGGCUAAGACGCUAGAUACCACCAUCGAUUGCGUUGCAGCUGCCCGAUCUACGCAAGACCAAUUCGCGGGAUCACCAGAGUUGCUCGUCAGUGAAGGCUACGACGAUUUUUGCCGGUCUCUCAAACAAAAUGUGGAAAGAUAUAGCUCUCCUAAGAAGACCACGUUGAAAGAGGCUGCAAUCAAGGAAACGAUGAACAUUGGGAGCCCGGCCAGUGUUUCUAGAGCUGGUCUCUAUCCGGACCAAUUAAAAGAUGUCAUAGGAACAUUGUCGUCAUCAGUUCGGGAACCUGCUGCACUCCCGCAGACCACUGGAGCAGAUACCAAGGAGCCGGUAAGGGGAGAGAUCCCCGUGCAAAGUAGCACAGCCAGCGUUGCUGCAGCAGUGCCAGGUGAUACCACCAGCUCGUUUGCGGAGAGACUGAAAGCACGCAAUGAGAUGAAACGGACAAUUAAAUUUCCAACUAUGACUGCGAAGGUUAGUCUUGAUCAUAUCUAA